CAGCUCACAUGCACACCACUCCCACAAUUUCAACAAUUUAUGUAAACUAAUCUAUUAAAAUAAAAAAUCUCACUGUAAUUUAUAAACCCCAUCAAACAAAAUUCACAUUUUAAGUCUAAUAUUAUCUACAGUCUUCACAAAAUCACAACAUCUCCUCUCACAAUGCCCAAAAGAUCACCACCACCAAUGACACCAUAUCUCACGGCACUCCUCCUACUCACCACCAUCUCCGCCGCAUCCGCCGCAACCGAAUAUAAAAACCACACCGUAGGCGGCACCUCCGGCUGGUUCUUCAACUCAACCACCAACACUUCCGCCACAAACUACUCCUCUUGGGCUUCCACUCAAACCUUCAACCUCGGCGAUUAUCUCAUUUUCAACACGAACUCAAAUCAGAGUGUGGUUCUCACCUACAACAACACCGUUUACUUGAACUGCACCGCCGAUGAUUCCGAUAACGGAACAUUCAUAUACAACAGCGGAACUUUCAACCAGACGUUGACUAUUCCCGUUCCGUUGACUAUUGUGGGACCCAACUACUUCUUCUCCGACACUAGCGACGGUGUUCAGUGUCAGCACGGAUUGGCGUUUGAGAUCCAGGUUCAGCGUGGUUUGGGCUUACCGCCGAGUCUAAAUCAGCCUCCUCCGCCGCCGUAUAAGGAGCCGCCUGGUCCUGAUAGUGCUGAAUCUCCGACAGUUGCGGUGGCGGAUGUGCCAAAAAAUGGCGCGUUUGUGAAACGUGUUGACGUGCGCGUGGUGGUUUAUGGGUUGGGUGUAGUGAUGGUGUUGCUGCAAUUUUGGUGAGGCAUUGGGAUAAGUUUCACGCGGCUUUUUACAUUUGAGUUCAUUUUUAGAUGGACAAUAUAUUUAUUCGAUAGAAUUUGUUUUUGUUUUUAUUU